UCAGUUGAGAAUAUCCAUCAAGCAAAAUGACUUGGUUUACUCAACUUUCUCUAGCUUUUCUUCUAGCUCUAUGCUUUCACAGCAAAUUUGCUGCUGGACAAGGAAGUCCAUGGGACAGCAUGGCAAAAGCUGAUGCAUUUAUGCAAAAUUUUUUGAAUUGUGCUCGUCAAAGUGGAGUUUUUACUCGAGAGCAAAUGGAUGAUAUGAGUUCCAUCGGAGAAAUAAUGAUGAGUGCCAUGGGCAGUAUGGAAGGAAAAGUAACUCCCCACAAAUUGCAAGCUUUGAAUACAGCAUUUGCAUCUGCUGUGGCUGAAAUUGCUAUAUCUGAUGCAGGUGGACAGAAUAUUCAAGCGACCACUGAUGCCAUAACAAACGCAAUGAGUUCAGCAUUUUUCCAAACAACCGGUGGUAGUAAUGCCGCAUUUGUAAACGAAAUCCGUACUUUAAUAAACAUGUUUGCUCAAGCCUCAGGAAAUGCAAUUGCGACUGGGGGUGCUGCGUCUGCUGCAGCAGCUGCAUCCGCAGGAGGUUCAGGUGGUUACGGGACUGGUCCUAGUUCAGCACCAUCAACUGCUACAUUGUACGCUCAAGGCCCAUCACAAACUAUGACAGCAUAUAGACCCUCUCAGGCCACUGCAUCCGCAACAUCAACGACUACUUCAUACGUACAAGGGCCAGCGCAGACAGUGACGUCCUACAGGCCCUCUCAAAUUGUUACGUCUUACACACCUGCUCAAUCAGUUACACAAACUUCAUACGGAUCAAGUGAAAUAGUAACCACUUCUUCCGGAACAACUAGGGGAUAUGGUGGACAACAAGGAUCAGGUGCCACAACUACAUACGGGGGAGAAGGAGGUAUAGGUGCACAAAGAGGAUAUGGACAGGGUUAUGGAUCAGGUGCGACAGGACAAGGAGGUUCAGGAUCUAGCGCAGCCUCAGCAUCAGCCGCCGCUGCAGCCGCAGGAGGAGCUGGUGGUCAAGGUGGAUAUGGACAAGGAGGUAAUGGAUAUGGACAAGGAGGUUAUGGAUCAGGUGAAUUUGGACAAAGAGGAUCAGGAUCUAAUGCAGCUACAUCUGCCUCUUCAACAGCUGCAACUAAUCAAGUAAGCGGUUCAGGAAGAUUUGAAGAAAUAAUUUCAUGGAGAUCAGGAGGAAAUGGGCAAGGUGGCUCUGGAUCCAGUGCAGCUUCAGCAACAGCCGCAGGUGGAGCAGGAGGUGAAGGUGGAUAUGGACUAGGAGGUUAUGGAUAUGGACAAGGAGGUUAUGGACCUGGUCAAGGAGGUUAUAGACCUGGUCAAUAUGGACAAGGAGGAUCCAGUGCAGCUUCAGCAGCGGCAGCAGCGGCAGGAGGUGCAGGCGGUGAAGGAGGAUAUGGACAAGGUGGAUAUGGACAAGGAGGUUAUGGACCUGGUCAAGGAGGUUAUGGACCUGGUCAAUAUGGACAAGGAGGAUCCAGUGCAGCUUCAGCAGCAGCCGCAGCAGCAGCAGCCGGAGGUUCAGCAGGUGGAUUAGGAGGUGAAGGUGGAUACGGACAAGGAGGUUAUGGAUCUGGAGGAUAUGGACAGGGAGGGUCAGGUUCCAGUGCAGCUUCGGCAGCAGCUGCAGCCGCAGGUGGUGCAGGCGGGCAAGGUGGAUAUGGACAAAGUGGUUAUGGAUCUGGCCAAGGUGGUUAUGGAUCUGGUCAAUAUGGACAAGGAGGAUCAGGAUCCAGUGCAGCUUCAGCAGCAGCAGCAGCAGCCGCAGGAGGUGCAGGAGGGGAAGGUGGAUAUGGACAAGGAGGUUAUGGACCAGGUCAAGGAGGUUAUGGACCUGGUCAAUAUGGGCAAGGAGGAUCAGGAUCCAGUGCAGCAUCAGCGUCCGCAGCCGCUGCAGCCGCAGGAGGUGCAGGCGGUAAAGGUGGAUAUGGACAAGGAGCUUAUGGACCUGGUCAAUAUGGACAAGGAGGAUCAGGAUCUAGUUCAGCUGCAGCAGCAGCAGCUGCAGGAGGUUCAGGCGGUGAGGGUGGAUAUGGACAAGGCGGAUAUGGAACUGGUCAAUAUGGACAAGGAGGAUCUGGAUCCAGUGCAGCAUCAGCGUCCGCAGCCGCUGCAGCCGCAGGAGGUGCAGGCGGUAAAGGUGGAUAUGGACAAGGAGCUUAUGGACCUGGUCAAUAUGGACAAGGAGGGUCAGGAUCUAGUUCAGCUGCAGCAGCAGCAGCUGCGGGAGGUUCAGGCGGUGAGGGUGGAUAUGGACAAGGCGGAUAUGGAACUGGUCAAUAUGGACCUGGAGGAUCUGGAUCCAGUGCAGCUUCAGCAGCAGCAGCCGCAAGAGGUGCAGGCGGUGAAGGUGGAUAUGGACAAGGAGGCUAUGGACCUGGUCAAUAUGGACCUGGAGGGUCAGGAUCCAGUGCAGCUGCAGCAGCAGCAGCUGCAGGAGGUGCAGGCGGUGAGGGGGGAUAUGGACAAGGUGGAUAUGGAACUGGUCAAUAUGGACAAGGAGGAUCUGGAUCCAGUGCAGCUUCAGCAGCAGCAGCCGCAGGAGGUGCAGGCGGUGAAGGUGGAUAUGGACAAGGAGGCUAUGGACCUGGUCAAUAUGGGCAAGGAGGGUCAGGAUCCAGUGCAGCUGCAGCAGCAGCAGCAGGAGGUGCAGGCGGUGAAGGUGGAUAUGGACAAGGAAGUUAUGGACCUGGUCAAUAUGGACAAGGUGGGCCAGGAUCCAGUGCUGCUUCAGCAGCAGCAGCAUCCGCAGCCGCAGGAGGUGCAGGCGGUGAAGGUGGAUAUGGACAAGGUGGUUAUGGAUCUGGCCAAGGAGGUUUUGGACCUGGUCAAUAUGGACAAGGAGGAUCCAGUGCAGCUUCAGCAGCGGCAUCAGCAGCAGGAGGUGCAGGCGGUGAAGGUGGAUAUGGACAAGGUGGAUAUGGACAAGGUGGAUAUGGACAAGGUGGAUAUGGACAAGGUGGGUCAGGAUCCAGUGCAGCUGCAGCAGCAGCAGCAGGAGGUGCAGGCGGUGAAGGUGGAUAUGGACAAGGAAGUUAUGGACCUGGUCAAUAUGGACAAGGUGGGCCAGGAUCCAGUGCUGCUUCAGCAGCAGCAGCAUCCGCAGGAGGUGCAGGUGGUGAAGGUGGAUAUGGUCAAGGUGGUUAUGGAUCUGGCCAAGGAGGUUAUGGACCUGGUCAAUAUGGACAAGGAAGUUAUGGACCUGGUCAAUAUGGACAAGGUGGGCCAGGAUCCAGUGCUGCUUCAGCAGCAGCAGCAUCCGCAGGAGGUGCAGGUGGUGAAGGUGGAUAUGGUCAAGGUGGUUAUGGAUCUGGCCAAGGAGGUUAUGGACCUGGUCAAUAUGGACAAGGUGGAUCCAGUGCAGCUUCAGCAGCGGCAGCAGGAGGUGCAGGCGGUGAAGGUGGAUAUGGACCUGGUCAAUAUGGACAAGGUGGGUCGGGAUCCAGUGCAGCUUCAGCAGCAGCAGCCGCAGGAAGUGCCGGCGGUGAAGGUGGAUAUGGAACUGGUCAGUAUGGACAAGGAGGAGCAGGAUCCAGUGCAGCCUCUGCAGCAGCCGCAGGAGGUUCAGGCGGUGAAGGUGGAUAUGGGCCUGGUCGAAGAGGCUAUGGACCUGGGCAAUAUGGACAAGGAGGGUCAGGAUCUAGUGCUGCUUCAGCAGCGGCAGCAGCAGCUGCUGGAGGUGCAGGCGGUGAAGGUGGAUAUGGAACUGGUCAGUAUGGACAAGGAGGAUCAGGAUCCAGUGCAGCUUCAGCAGCCGCAGGAGGUGCAGGCGGUGAAGGUGGAUAUGGACAGGGAGGUUAUGGACCUGGUCAAUAUGGACAAGGAGGAUCAGGAUCUGGAGCAGCAUCAGCAGCCUCUUCGACUGCAGCAUCUAAUGGAGUAGGUGGUUCAGGAGGAUUUGAAGAAAUAAUCUCUUGGAGAUCAGGUGGAUAUGGACAAAGUGGAUCUACCUCAGCAUCUUCAGCAACAAGUGGAGUAGGCGGUCCAGGAGGUGCACCUGGUGGAUAUGGUCAAGGAGGUGUAGGAGCGUUAGGUCCUGGUGCAUCAUCUUCCGCAGCGUCUUCAGCAGCAACUGGUGGUGCAGGAGGUUAUGGUCCCGGUGGUUAUGGCAGAACAGGAGCUGGUGGGUCAUCCGCAUCCGCAACUGCUGCAGCCUCAGCAAUUUCAUCACCAGCAGCAACUUCUCGAAUUUCGUCUGUUGCAUCAAGAAUGGUGUCCGGAGGGCGAGUUAAUGUUUCUAAUCUUUCAAACACACUCGGAAGUGUAGUAUCUCAAGUUAGAGCUGGUAACCCUGGAGCAUCUGAAUGUGAUGUUACGAUACAAGCCCUUAUGGAACUGAUGACAGCUUUGGUUCAUGUUCUGGGAUCAGCUAGCAUUGGAAACGUCAACUACGGUGCCUCAGCACAAUCAGCUGAAGUGGUUAGGCAAUCAAUCCAAACUGCAUUUGGUUGAUUUUGUUACCUUGUUUUUCCCCAAUUUUUAAUGCUUUUCUUCAAUAACUGAUUAAAAUUGUACUACCAAAUAAAUGUUUGCAUUUAAA